AUGAGCACCGGUCGAUCUGUUCGCAACGCAGCUAACAAUUUUUUGAGCACGUUUUCCUCGGCGGCUUCUCAUUAUGGCACAAUUUUCUCCUCAGCUGACAUGGCCCGCUCUUUGGAAGAAAGCGGAUUGAACGAACUUGCACAUUUGGAUAAACGAUCAGCUCACAACGCUUUAGAACGUCAACGACGUGAAAAUCUCAACACAAAGUUUCAACAACUUGCACAUGCCUUACCAUCCUUGCAAUCCGUUCGACGACCCAGUAAAACGGUCAUUGUAGCCAAGUCUCUUGAAUUUGUUUCCAACUCGAUCAGUCGUGAGAGCUUGUUCCAAAAACGCAUCGAGAAUUUGAGACGCGAAAACGAACGUUUGCGUGAUCAAGCCCAACAACGUGCAAAGAUGAAGCAGCUAGGCGUCACACCAUCCUCUUCAAAGUCGUCAUCUUGUUCAUCAUCGAUUGCUGAACAACCCAUGUACCUUUCACCAGAACAACUAAUGUUGCAUCAUCCAUCAACAUCACCAUCGCCAUCAUCCAACACGGUUGCCAUGGAUACCGUUGUCUCGACAACGACAUCAUCAUCACCAGCAACCACAACCACAACCACCAACGCAUGUACCAUCGAGAUGACUUCAUCAUCAUCAACUACUAUGCCUAUGGGCCAUGCUUGUGCUGAUACGACGACAACACAGGGUCCACUUGCUACACCUGUAUCCCCAAUGAUGGCAAGAAAAAUGUCUACGGCUGAAUCAGUUGCUUCCACCACCGCCACCCACAACAAGCAAACAACAACGCAGCAACAGCAGCAGCAUCAGCAUCAGCCGAGUAUGGAAAAGGAAAUACAGCAACAACAGCAGCAACCAACCACACAAAGCAGCGAUAAUAAGAUGAUGGAUGUUGUUGUUUCCAGUGCUCUGGAUGCACAACAACAUCAUCAUCAACAACAGGGUCUUUCGGCAACAGCCGAGCCACCUCAGCAACCUGCAGCACAACCCAAUGUUUACGACAUGGCAUUUACUACAAUGCCCCAGCAUCUGACAUCCACCCCACAAAGCACAGUGUCGCUAAUGGAUCAACAUCUCGAUUUGCCUGCUUCCAUGGUGGAUGUCAAUGGAUAUUACUUGCCUCCAAGAACGAUGGUUGUGGCUCCUCCUCCUCCAUCAGGCAUGCAACAACAACAUAUGAUUCCUCCAUUUGCAGCAACAACAACCGGUUCACCUAAUACGAUGAUGCCGUUCCCUAUGAUGGAUAUGUCAUUCCCUGGUGGUGCAAUACCUCAUCCAUCCUCCGCAACUAAUGGAACGAUAACAACAACGACGACCCCUCCUCAAGUUUCUUACAUGCCUGAUGCCGCCGCUACCUUUCAAUUCCAUGCCGCUGCUGCCUUGGCGUAUCCACCACCUGCUUACAAUGCACAACCUGAACAACCUACAGCAAAUAUUCACAACUACAAUCAGUUACAUUGGUAA